UGAACACCAUCACACUGUAUGGGAGCGUCCGGCAAUAAACAUAUUAAUUAAGGAGCUCUAUUAGUAUUUUAGAAUGAUUUUAUUAGAGUUUAACUUCUAUCGGUGUUGCCAUGGCGGGUUAUUUCAACGAUUCGUUUAAUUUAAUUAGUGAAGUGCUGUGCGAAACUGUGAUUUUGUGAUGUGUUUUGAAUUGAAUAUUUUAAAUUAUAUUUGGAUAUAAUUCGGGAUUUUGCUUUUAAAAAGCCAUGCCAACGCGGGAUUACAAGCGUCGGAAACAAAUCUAGGCGGUAGUGUACCGCCCCUGCGCCGUGAGAUGCGCGAGGCUGCGAGGCGGAGCCAUGGACUGCUACAUGCCCAACAACCCGCAGUACGGGCUGGCGGAGUACUGCCCCGGCUGCCACGGCCUCUGCUGCGACCCUCUGCAGCCCUGCACCUGUGUAGAUCAAGUCAGAGAGUUCGCGGAGGACGAGUGCUGUCAGCAGGAGACAGAAAACUGCUGCCCCGAGAAUGGAGAGGAGCUGGGGGCAUUGGGCGAGUCGCUGCCGUGCGAUGUAAACCUCGCACCCGCGGCAGACGCCUGGCCAGACGACAUGGCAUCAUUCUCCCUGCCGCCACUGGACCUCGACCCAUUGCCAUCUCUCUUCCCGUUUUCACCUUGCUCCGGUUACAACAGAAACAGCGGCGGGGAGUGCAGAGAGCGGGGCGGGGAGGCGGCCGACGUCCUACUCUCCCUCAAGCACGCCGUGGUGCACGGAGACUGCGCCACUGAUAACGUACACCCACAGAUGAUGAUGAACGGCAGCGGAGGGUACCCGUACUACGAGCACUACGGCGCCGCCCCCCUCUUCCCCACCAUGAGCGUCAACGUCUCUAUGAACAUGACCAUGCAUGGCUGUCCACCUGACCAGCUCUGCUCUCAGGUGCAGUGGAACCAGAAUGCGUCAACGCCAUCUGUCAACGUGGUAUACCCUCAAGCUCAAAACGUCAUCAGCCCCACAUCAUAUCCAUCUGCCACAUAUUCAUUCACAGCUGACUUUAGACCGCCCAACCAAUCAGACCCUCUGAUCACCGCGUCUUCCACAUUCAAACCACUACAGCUGCAAAACUCACAGAAGACCAACCCUAAUUACUCUUUAUUCCAACAAAAACCUAACUACACAAGUCAGAAGACGAUAGCGCCUGUGCUGAAGAGAUCGCCACCAAAGAUGUACGUUCAAGAAAGUCAGAAAGACCAGAAUGUAAACAAUGGAUAUACGAUAUUGAAUCACCAGGCCCAAGUGCACUCACAGGACUACGGGUACACAGCCUGCGUUAAUUCUUCUGGCAAAGUUCAGGUCGGUGCUCUAAGCGGUUGUUCAGAAGACGACGAACAGAAGCCGAACCUAUGCCGUAUCUGCGGCAAGACGUACGCGCGGCCGAGCACGCUUAAAACGCACUUACGAACACACUCCGGCGAGCGGCCGUACCGCUGCCCUGAUUGUAACAAGAGUUUCUCGCAAGCCGCCAACUUGACCGCGCAUGUUCGGACACACACCGGUCAGAAGCCGUUCAGAUGUCCUAUUUGCGAUCGACGGUUCAGCCAAAGUUCGAGCGUCACAACGCAUAUGCGGACUCAUUCCGGUGAAAGGCCGUAUCAGUGUCGAUCAUGUAAGAAAGCGUUUUCGGACAGUUCCACACUGACGAAACAUCUGAGAAUACAUUCAGGAGAAAAACCUUACCAAUGCAAAUUAUGUUUGCUUAGGUUUUCCCAAUCUGGCAACCUCAACCGCCACAUGCGCGUCCACGGCAACAUGUCCGGCGGUGUGCUUGGCUGACAUAUACAGAAAUGCGGUCUGCCGGCCGUAUACUCUUACAUAUAAUCCAAUAUUUCUUGCAUACUACAAAUCAUUUUGUAAUCAAUCAAGAAUAAUAAUUUAAAGUGUAUUUAACGCUUGUAGCACACAGCCGCGUAAGCCAACGUAAUACGAAUCUGACUUUGAUAUUAAACUGAAACGAAUUUAAUUUGGUAAAAGUGUUCAAUCGUUUCCUUGUCGUGUUUAGUUCGCUUGCGUUACCCUUUACUUGCUUCAAUUCGCUUUCGCGGUUGUGUACAACAGGCGUAGACACCAUAGUGUCGGAUGAUCUGGGAACUUUUUUUAAUUUCAAUUAAGAAAUCAUGUGCUUUCCCCUUUUUUUUUCUAGCAACACGCACAUAAGCAUAGAGCAAUAGUAUUUUUAUAUUUUCUUUUUAAACCAUGGUACUCAUAUCAUCGUGUCCUCUUUAUUUAUGGGAAGCAACCAAAUCUCUUUUUUUACAACUGAAUUAACAAGUGGUCUGGAAAGUUCUAAUAGAGAAUUAUUACUAUGCUGUUCUUAUGUAAGAAAACUAAACAUUAUUACAUAAAAAUAUUUGUUAAUAUAGAAAUGUCUUAAUAAUUGUGAAAUAAAAGUGAUCACCUUAUUUUAGUCGUGUUAUAGUUGAACUUCAAUUGUAAAGAUUAGUCAAUGAUCUCAGAAUUAGAGAACUUCAAUAUUCUAAUUCAAGAUAAUUAUAUCUCAAAUAGAUUGAAUAGUGAAAUUUUUAAGCAGUCUUU